UUAUAGUCCCAAUUUCCAAAUCCUGAACUAGUUACACUCUCAAAGCUUGAGUGGAAUUUGUGUCAGGUUGGAGCUUUCGGUUUUCUUUGUCAAUGGCAAACCUUCCGAUAGUCCAAUACGAAGAGAAAAUCAUAGAGACGGUUGAGCAGAAUCCGGUUGUGGUAGUAAUUGGUGAGACCGGUUCCGGAAAGAGCACUCAACUCUCCAUGCUUCACCGGCGAGGCUACAGCAAAUCUGGUAUCAUCGGCGUCACGCAGCCCCGGCGGGUCGCCGCUGUCUCUGUCUCCAGACGAGUUGCACAAGAGCUUGGCGUUCAGCUUGGUGACGAAGUUGGAUAUGCCAUUCGAUUUGAGGACAGAACUUCAGAUAACACACGUAUUAAAUACCUUACUGAUGGAGUUCUUCUUCGCGAAAGUCUAGCUAAUCCCGAGCUAAAUCAAUAUUCUGUAAUUAUAUUGGAUGAAGCUCAUGAAAGGAGCCUAAAUACGGAUAUUUUGCUGGGGCUCAUGAAACGUUUAGUUAGGCUUCGUGCUUCUAAUCUAAAAGUUUUGGUCACGUCAGCAACUCUUGAUGGUGACAAAGUAUCAAAGUUCUUCUCAGAUUGCCCCAUAUUGACCAUUCCAGGAAAGUUGUACCCGGUGGAGAUAUUUUAUAGCACUGAACGUCCUUCAAGCUAUCUCGAGUCUUCUCUGAAAAAAGCAAUUGAUAUACAUGUUAGGCAACCAGAAGGUGAUAUUUUGAUAUUCAUGACUGGGCAGGAUGAUAUAGAAAAGUUAGUAUCCAAGUUAGAAGAUAAAGUUCGGUCCCUUGAGGAGGGUUCUUGCAUGGAUGCUAUAAUCCUUCCCCUACAUGGUUCUUUGCCACCUGAAAUGCAGGUGCGUGUGUUUAGUUCUCCACCCCCAAAUUGCAGGCGAAUUAUUGUUGCAACAAAUAUUGCUGAAACUUCCUUGACUGUUGAUGGUGUAGUGUAUGUUAUCGAUGCUGGGUAUGUAAAGCAAAGGCAGUACAAUCCAUCAACUGGCAUGUAUUCGCUUGAUGUCGUCCAGAUUAGCAAAGUGCAGGCUAGUCAGCGUGCAGGACGGGCUGGACGAACACGUCCAGGGAAAUGCUACCGCCUGUACCCUUCUAGAGUUUAUGACGAUGAAUUCUUAGAUGUUACAGUUCCUGAAAUACAGCGGUCUUCUCUUGCUGGCUGUGUUCUUUACUUGAAGUCAUUGGACCUCCCAGAUAUUGACAUCCUCAAAUUUGAUUUUCUUGAUUCCCCUUCAGCUGAGGCUUUAGAAGAUGCCUUGAAGCAGUUAUAUCUGAUUGAUGCUAUUGAUGAAAAUGGAGAAAUAACAAACGUUGGACAAAAAAUGGCCGAGCUUCCGUUAGAGCCUUCUCUGUCAAGAACUUUAAUGGAGGCAAAUAAUUGUGGUUGCUUAUCCCAAGCUUUGACGGUUGCUGCCAUGUUAUCAGCUGAAACAUCAUUGUUAUCAGGGCGGAGCAAGACUGAGAAAAAGAGGAAACACACCAUGCCCAGCCUUCCUGAUGGUUCUGGCUUUGGUGACCACAUUCAGUUGUUGCAGAUCUUUGAGUGCUGGGAUCGGACUGAUUAUGACAUUGGUUGGUGCAAAGACAAUGACUUGCAGGUGCGAGGGAUGGUGUUUGUCAAAGAUGUUCGUAAACAGUUAUCCCAGAUAAUGCAGAAAAUAGCGAAGGGACCACUGGAUGUACGAGCACAUGGAAAAAGUGAAGAGAAGCGGUAUAAAAAUUUGAGGAAGUCCUUGUGUGUAGGCUAUGCUAAUCAGCUGGCUGAAAGGAAGCUUCAUCAUAAUGGUUAUCGAACUCUGGGUUUUAAAGCCCAAGUAGUUCAGGUGCAUCCAUCCUCUGUGCUUAAAUCGGAUGAUCUGGGAAAGUUCCCAGACUACGUUGUGUACCAUGAGCUAAUUGCAACUCCACGUCCAUACAUGAGAAAUGUGUGUUCUGUUGAGAUGAGAUGGGUUAUGCCAAUUAUCAACAAGCUCAAGACCUUGGAUGUGCGCAAACUAAGUGGUGGACUUGGUCAUAUCGAGGAGGAAACUGAGGAAAAAGCCCCAGAUUUGCCCAAGAAGGAUGCCGAUGUUGCUGCAGUUCCUGAUGACCGUGAAAGCAGAAUCCAAGCUGCUAGAGAACGAUUUCUUGCUCGCAAAGGCAAGAAAUGAUUGCCAGGAGAUGGUGGUGAUUUUGACAUGAUUGGCAGUUUGAUCAUUUGUUUGAGAAACAGAUUAGCUGUUAUACUGACCCAGUAUGAUCUGAGAUCCUGAGUUCUGAGACUGGUGAAUCCAUUUCUGUGCUCUGUCAUGUCUAUCAUCCUCAAGCAGCUUCCUAUCUCUUGUAAGCCUUGGAAGAUUAUGCACAGUAUGCAUAAGGGGGCUUAAUGCUACUCAGGUAAAUUGGUUCAAGUGGCUCAUCUCUUUUUAGUCCCCUUGAAGAGGAAGCAAUGAAGAAGAUAGCGGAGAAUGAUUGAAGUUAUCUGUUAGUCCAUUUUUCAAGUACGUGAAACUAAGAUGGACUACAUUUGCUGGUGAAUUUGAGAUGGUUAGCUUGAACUAAGAUCAGGAAGCGUUGCACAGGCGUGGUCCCUUUGAAGCAAAUUGGAAAUGAAAAGGUCCGACGAAUGGACCAAUCAUUGCACAAUAGUUCUUUUUAGAAAAAUGCAAAUUUUGCUUCGCCUGUCUGAGAUACCCUCUAUAUGAUUGCAAGGAGUUCAUUUUGCUGUUUAAUUAUAAUGUGAUACAUUGUUGACGCAUUUUAAGGGAAGUAGUGAACAUAGCAAAAAAUCGUACUUCCCCUUAUUUAUAAAUUACGCCGUUAUAUUUUUAAAA